AUGGCUCUAGGUUCUACUAUAUUUGAAAUAAUAAAUGAACCAAAUAUCCGCAAAAAAAUAGUAUUACAAUUUAUUUAUCAUUCAACUAUAACAUCUAUUCACACAUAUCUAAUGGCAUUCGAUGUAGAUAUAAUUCAAAUUUGUUUUGAUGGUGAAAAAGUAUUAUGUACAUGGACGUGUAUCCGUGCACUAAAUACAGGCACAUUUAUAUCUUAUAAUCUUACCAAUAAUUUAGCAACACUCGCUCGAAGUGCAAUUCGUAUUAGUAAAUAUUAUGAAAAAGGUUUUAAACUAUUAUAUCCUUACGAAUUUGCAAUAAACGAUUUCUUAUCUUUAACCGUAUAUGAAUUAAAACAUGUACAAAAUCCUAAUUAUUAUUCAUCAACAAAAGAACAAUUUGGAAGUAAUCAUGAUUAUUUUCAAUUACAAAAAAAAAUUUGUCGACACAUAUAUCAGUCAACGAUUUUUAAAUUUGUUGUAAAUUAA